GGAGGAGGUGGAGGCGGAGGCGGAGGCGGAGGAGGGCGGCGUCCAUGAAGCCGGCCCGCGCCUGCAGGAGGAGGCCAUGAACGGCGACGGGACCGAGAGCGACUGGCAGGGGCUGGUGAGCGAGUACCUGGUGUGUAAAAGAAAGCUGGAGAGUAAAAAGGAAGCCCUGCUGAUCCUCUCCAAGGAGCUGGACACAUGCCAGCAAGAAAGGGACCAGUACAAACUCAUGGCCAAUCAGCUUCGGGAGCGCCAUCAGUCCCUGAAGAAGAAGUACCGGGAGCUGAUUGAUGGAGAUCUGUCACUUCCCCCUGAAAAGAGGAAACAGGCUAAUCUUGUACAACUACUGCGAGAUUCUCAGGACCGAAAUAAACAUCUGGGAGAAGAAAUUAAAGAACUUCAGCAAAGGCUUGCAGAAGUCCAGGGCGACAAUAAGCUUUUGAGGAUGACAAUUGCCAAACAGAGGCUCGGAGACGAAGAAAUUGGCGUGCGGCAUUUUGCAGCCCAUGAGCGUGAAGACUUGGUUCAGCAGCUGGAAAGAGCUAAGGAACAGAUAGAGUCUCUGGAGCAUGACCUGCAGGCCUCCGUGGAUGAGCUUCAGGACGUUAAAGAAGAACGGUCUUCCUACCAGGACAAAGUGGAGAGGCUCAACCAGGAGCUAAACCAUAUCCUGGGUGGGCACGAGAACCGCAUCAUUGACGUGGAUGCCCUCUGUAUGGAGAACAGGUACCUUCAAGAGCGAUUAAAGCAACUCCACGAAGAGGUCAACCUCUUGAAAUCAAACAUCGCCAAGUAUAAGAACGCUCUUGAAAGACGGAAAAACUCGAAAGGCCAGAGUAAAUCUAGCAGCAGUGCGCUGACUGGAGUCCUAUCUGCAAAGCAAGUUCAGGAUCUGUUAUCCGAAGAUCACGGGUGCAGUCUCCCAGCCACUCCACAGUCCAUUUCUGAUCUGAAAUCUCUGGCAACAGCCCUGCUAGAGACAAUCCACGAGAAAAACAUGGUCAUCCAGCACCAGAGGCAGACCAACAAAAUCCUAGGGAAUCGGGUGGCUGAACUGGAGAAAAAAUUAAGAACUCUGGAAGUUUCUGGUUUGUGGAGUCUUCCAGGCCUGAGCUACAAUGUUUCAGUAGGAUUCGGGAGGGGCAAGGACACCAUACUGUUCAGUGACCCUGCUCUCCCCACCAUACAGAGAUCAAGAUCCCCACUGCUGAAGUUCAUCGAGCAGCCCACUGAGAACAAAGCAAAUUCCGAGGACGGGGAGGCCCAGAGGCCAGAACGAGAUGAAAGCCGGGCCACUACUGAGGCACUGAUCGCACCGGAGGAUGCUGGAAGACCGGCCAGCCGCUCCCCAGCAACUCAGAGCCAUGGGAACCAGUGCAACCCCUUUCAUCCUUCAUCACCCCGGGUAGCAUCUGAGGAAGAAGGCAUAAACAGGCUUGGAGGGGAAAGAAUGAAACUGACAGAGGCAGAACCUGAAGCGGUCAGAAGAGCGAGUCUCGGAGAGACUCAGAGGCACGAGCCGGGGACAGCCCCACCGGGCCUGGCCUCCAAGGGGGAGGUCCCCAAAUCUUGCCUGGGCUCCUUUGAGUCCAGCCAGGCGGCAGUCGAAGCCUCCAGCCCGGAGGACAGCAAAGAGACCCCAGAGGGUGGCGGCACGAGGAGCGCAGUGAAAACCUGAAGAGAAAAGAGACCCAUGUGGUGACACGUCUACAGUGCAGGGGGCGGUAAAGAAUUAAGUGUCUGAGCAGCUCUCAGAAGCUGCUUUCUCCUCACACUUCCAAGUCUACAAGUGAGAAGAGACACAGGUCCUUUGGCAAACUGUGAAUAUCCUGAUGAUGCCAGCCCAGUUUGAUUUAUUAAAUGCGCGUCCUCAA